AUGACUGACGGGGGAGUGGACCGAAGUGUUGAGUGUACUGGAAGUAUCAAUGCUAUGAUCUCAGCAUUUGAAUGUGUGCACGAUGGAUGGGGUGUAGCUGUACUAGUUGGUGUGCCAAAUAAAGAUGAUGCUUUCAGAACCCAUCCAAUCAAUGUCCUUAACGAAAAGACGCUCAAGGGUACUUUCUUUGGCAACUAUAAACCACGUUCUGAUCUCCCAGAAGUGGUCGAGAUGUACAUAAAAAAGGAACUUGAACUGGAGAAAUUUAUCACCCAUGAAGUACCUUUCUCUGAAAUCAACAAAGCCUUUGAAUAUAUGCUCAAAGGGGAGGGCCUGCGUUGCAUAAUCCGCAUGACUGCAUAG